AUGACAUUCCCUAUCUUACCACUACUUUCGUCUCCUGAAGACCCACAAUUUGAUAGUUUGAGCAUUACAGGUCAAGUUUUGUUGCCUUAUAGUUCACUCAAGUUGAGUAAACACUGGAUACAACAGUUUCCAUCUCAAUUAUCGAUAUUUGUCCAAGUGGACAAGAAUGUCACUAUUGAUCAGAUUACCGAUUUGUUGAAUUUGGGUGUUGAAAGGGUGUUUUUAUCAAGUGAUGAUAAUGCACAAUAUGAAGCUGUUUUAGCUGCUGGAUUACCUGAAGAAAGAUUUGCCAGUUCUGUGUUACAAUCUAAUCUGUCAUUGAUUGUUUCUACAAAAUUGGACGACUUGAAGAAAUACAACAAUGAUGAGAAUAGAGAUAUGUUUUUCACAUUCAACUCCGGUGACAUUUUGCAAGAUGAAGUUGAUGAAUUGGCUAAAUUAGGGUACACGCCAAUCAUUGAGUCCAAGAAAUUAACCACCAAGAAACAGGAAGCCGGUAAGAUUUCAAUCUCAGCCACAUUUGUCAAUACUUUAGUCACUGAUAGAUCUGAUGGCUUAUUCACUACAUUAAUCACAUCACCAGCACCGCAAUAUACUGCAUUGGGAAUCGUUUACUCAUCAAAAGAAUCCAUAAUUGCCGCCAUUGAUGAAAAAGUUGGUGUUUAUCAAUCAAGAAAAAGGACCCACGAGUUGUGGUACAAGGGUAAAACUAGUGGCGCUACACAACGAUUGUUGCAAGUAUCGAAAGAUUGCGAUUCUGAUGUUGUUAAAUUCAUGGUUGAAAACCGUAAAGGGUAUGGGUUCUGUCAUAAGUCAACAAAGUUUACUUGUUUUGGCGAUGAUUUACAAAACAAUGGCCAUGGAUUAUCGAAAUUGGAUGCAACUUUACAAGACCGAUUCGAGAAUGCACCCAAGGGGUCAUAUACCAAGAGAUUAUUUGAUGAUGAAUCGUUAUUGAUUGCUAAAUUGAAAGAAGAGUUGGAUGAGUUGAUUGAGGCCAAGGGCAAUAAAGAUGAAGUUGCUUGGGAAGCUGCUGAUUUGUUGUAUUUUGUCUUGUGCUGGAGUGUUAAAAAUGGAGUCAAAUUGAGCGAUAUAGAAAAGAAUUUGGAUGUCAAAUCGUUGAAAGUAACUAGAAGAAAAGGUGAUGCCAAACCAGCUUAUUUGGAAGAGAAGAAGAUAGGGUCUAAGCCAACUACAAAUCAAAAAGAAGAAGUAAAAGCUGUGGCAAAUGAUUACCAAUUGGAAGUUAUUAAUGCCAAUGAUUUAUCAUCGUCCGGUAUUGCUAAAGCUAUGGCUAGACCAGCACAAAAGACAUCAGAGAUUAUGAAGUUGGUGUUGCCAAUUAUAGAAAAUGUUAAAUCAAAUGGAGAUAAAGCCUUGUUGGAAUUGACGGCAAAAUUCGAUGGCGUCACAUUAGACACUCCAGUACUUUCAGCGCCAUUCCCUCAAGCAUUGAUGAAUAUCUCGCAAGAAAUGAAGGAUGCCAUUGAUUUAUCAAUGGCCAAUAUUGAAAAAUUCCAUGCCGCCCAAUUACCAGCGGAGAAAGUCAUGACGGUGGAAACAUCGCCAGGUGUUUACUGUUCAAGAUUUGCUAAACCAAUUGAAAAUGUCGGCCUUUAUGUACCGGGUGGUACUGCAGUGUUGCCCUCGACGGCAAUGAUGUUGGGUGUGCCUGCAAAAGUUGCUGGCUGUAAAAACAUUGUCAUUGCUUCGCCGCCUUCAAGAAGCACGGGUCAAUUAACACCUGAAGUAGUUUACGUGGCUCAUAAACUUGGUGCUUCGUGUAUUGUUAUGGCCGGUGGUGCACAAGCAGUAACGGCAUUGGCGUAUGGUACCGAAUCGGUAAUCAAAUGUGACAAGAUCUUGGGUCCCGGAAACCAGUUUGUUACUGCUGCCAAGAUGUAUGUUCAGAAUGAUACCCAAGCAUUGUGUUCAAUUGAUAUGCCAGCGGGACCUAGUGAAGUGUUGGUUAUUGCUGAUAAUGAUGCUGAUGCUGACUUUGUCGCUAGUGAUUUAUUAUCACAAGCUGAACACGGAGUUGAUUCACAAGUUAUCCUCAUUGGUGUUGAUUUAACACCAAGCAAAUUGAAUGAGUUUCAACAGGCAGUUACUAAACAAGCAUCAGCAUUACCCAGAAAUGAAAUUGUCGGUAAAUGUUUAUCUCACUCAUACAUCUUGCUCACGAAAUCAUACCAAGAUGCAUUCAAAUUAUCAAACCAAUAUGCACCUGAACAUUUGAUUUUGCAAAUCAACAAUGCCUCCUCGUUUGUGCCUGAUUAUAUUGAAAAUGCCGGAUCAGUAUUUGUUGGCGCGCUAUCGCCUGAAUCGUGUGGUGAUUAUUCAAGUGGUACCAACCACACUUUGCCGACUUAUGGAUACGCUAGACAGUAUUCGGGUGUCAAUACUGCCACUUUUCAGAAAUUUAUCACUUCUCAAGAUGUGACUGAACAAGGAUUGAAGAGUAUCGGUAAGGCAGUUAUGACUUUGGCUGCUGUUGAAGGAUUGGAAGCUCAUAGGAGAGCCGUUGAAGUGAGAAUGGAAAAGUUGGGCUUACUCUGA